AUUACUGAAAAGGGAAUACAAGAAGACAGACGUUUUAUACUACUAUUAAAGUAGUAUCCAUUAUCUACUGAUAGAUAUAUUUUUUAUCCGAUCCGAUUGAUUCAAUGUUGAAUUGAUUCAACUUAUUCAUCAUAAUACAUGGAUUCAUUUACCGAGAAAAUGUUUUCUACGAACUCGUUAACAAAUAACAAAGGUUGUUUAGAAGAAACAUCCAAUUCAGUUGAAAAUAUUCAACGAACAUUUUCUGAAACAACAACACUAUCUUUACAGAACCAACUAGAUCAGUCUUCAGAAAAUAAAGAGUACAAUUUGAAUUUAAUCUCCUGUAUUACUGAGUCUGAUGAUAAAGAGAAUCAAGAAUUUACUGGAUCAAGAAGAAUGUUGAUUCCUUAUGAAAUUAUGAGUAAUCAUGAAUGUUUACCAGAAAGUCAUUAUGAAAAUGAUCAGUGUUUUCCAAAUUCACUUCAUCAUUAUGAUUUUUGGACGUUGAAUAAUAGUUUGCAUUCAUCAUGGCCAUCAAUUGAAGUAGAUCAAUUAGCAAAUUGGUUGAUUGAGAUGAAAUCAAUGAUUGUAAAAAAAUCAUUUACUUUUCCAAAGUCAAUAUGUACAUUAUCACAUUCCUUUUCGUCCAACUCAUCAUCAUCAUCAUCAUCAUCAUCAUCACGUUCUUCGUAUUCUUCUUCUUCUUGCUCUUUUUGUUCUUCUUGUCCUUCCUCAUCAUCUUCAGAAUUUACUGGACCUAAUGAAGAACAAUUGAAUGGUAAAUGUAAUAAGAAAUCAAAAUGUUGUUUACUUGACCUGAGAUAUAAACAUAAACUUCCAAAUCAACAAAAAAUGUUCACUUUAUCAAAGUCGAAAAUGAAUCCUAAACGUUUCGUGAUUAUCGAUUGUCGUUAUCCAUAUGAAUAUAAUGCUGGACAUAUUUUUAGUGCUAUUAAUUUAUCAGAUUGGCCAAAUCUUUAUAAAUAUUUUUUUGGUAUAAAACAACAAUCUAUUGAAACUACUGAAAUGGAUUUAAGUAACUCAUUAUAUUCAACGGAACAACUGAUUAUUCCAAAACCAUCUCAUACUAUAUUUAUAUUAUAUUGUGAAUUUUCUACAAAACGUGCACCACAAUUAUUUUAUCUCUUGCGUAAUCAUGAUAGAGCAUUACAUUUCACUUCAUAUCCUGCAUUAAAAUAUCCAUUUGUUUAUAUAUUACAUGGUGGUUAUUCAACUUUUUAUAAAAAUUAUCCAUAUUUAUGUGAACCUUGUUAUUAUUUACAAAUGCAUAGUAGACCAGAUCUUUUAAGUAUUUGGCAUAAACAUUGUAAACUGGUUAAUAGACAAUCGAUGAAUUCUAAUUCACAAGUAUAUCCUGAUAAAAAUCAUAAUGAAGUGUUAAACACACACACGCACAUCAAUCAAUCAACGAAUCGAAACAUUAAAGUACCAUUCAAAAGUAUUACCAAUCUCUUUCAACAAGAAGAAAAAAAUUUAUUUCAUUGAACCAAAACUUAUUAACUUACUUAUGUCCGUUACUCCUUAUGGAAGAGUAUAAGUCACCUAGCAACAUUCUCAAUCCAACCUUGUCUUGAUGAAUCUUUUCCAGUUCUUUUCAAUUGUUAUUCUUUUUUUCAUGUCUGUUUCCAAGUUCCGACAUAGUGUAUUCUUCGACCGUCUUCUUCUCCUUCUUCUUCUUCUUGUAUGUUUCCCUUCACGAUUCCAUGUUAUCGCUUGUCUCAUGAUGUAGUUCGAUUCCAGUUCAAUACUAUUUACUUGUUACUUAUUUAUUUUACAAUUAUUUUCAUCUCAUUUCUUCUAUUCAUAAUGAUUAAUAUAAGUAAUAUCGAUUCAAUUCAUUUUGAUCGAAAAGUUUUCUCUCAAACGGAAUUCAUUAACAUUGCAACCUAUUCAACAUUGAAUAUGUUUCUUUUAUUUCAAUCAUUAUUAAUGUCUUUGUUUAAAUAUAUUUUCCUUUCAUUUUCA